UUAGUCCUGCAGCUUCGGAUCAGCAUCAGCACCCUCGUGAGACCUCUUGCAGGUGAGUACGCAGAUCUGGCCCUCUGGCGUUAGGAACGAGGGAUGGACAGAGAAAGAGAGAGAGAAAGGGAGGGGAAGAGGAAGAGAGAGAGACAUGUGCAGACGGCAUAGCCAAGACUCACCUGGGCAAUGCUCCUGGUGGUUACGGUGCUCUCCGCUUCGCUCCGCGAACCAGCAUCUGCCUGCACACACGCGGGAUAUCACAUUUGGGCAAGCAAAGAUCCACGUUUCAUGCGAUUCAUUCAUGUGUUGUUUGCGUGCUAACGUCCGGGUGCGGUGGAUUUGAUGCUGCGCCCCUCGAGAAGGGUAUAACGACGAUCCGACCUGUCGAUUCAUUCGCAGGUGCACAUGUGCAUGCACAAGCGAGUCGGCCACUUACACGCAAACGUCGUCUUUGCACUCCAGACCCCAUUUGCACGGCUUGCUCUUGGGCUUCUUGGGCUCGCAAUCAGGGGAAACACAUGAAAAGACCGACGAACGCUUGUCCCCGCUGUCCCCGCAGUAGUCCUUACGAUCGCCCUUCGUCUGCAAAGGCAAAGGACACCACACACAGCAAGGCCGAUGAGUUGCAUCCGAACCAACAGAACCAACAGCAUAGGUGACCCUUGCCUGGCAGCGACGUGCAUACAGCGGGUUGUUCUUGUCCUCCUUGUAUGUUUCUGUUUUCCUGUGUCGGUCGACGUGCUCGAAGCAGAACCCCUCUUUGCCCGUCGUUGCGCAGUCCUUGUCUUUCUGGCAUUCAUCUGCAGGGAGGAGAAGAGCCAUACAGAGAGAGUGAUAUUCCCAUACAUCCACCACCCACUGGCCUUGGGGAUGCUUUUUCUCGUAGUCGGAAUGGCUGGUCUUGACAGCUGUUGCGUAAGUGCCUGUCACAUUCAUCCAUUCGGCAAGACAACACAAGACGCAUGACAAUGCGAACUCGAUGGAUGGAUGGAUGGAUAAGUGUGGAUGCCUCCCUGCCUGCAUACCGGUAAGGACAUUCAGCUGCGUCUGGAGGUUAUCGAGGGUUGUGUUGGCUGCGACCAUCAAAUCGUUGGCGGCGCUGGUGACUUUACUGGCCUCGGUGCGGAGAUCUGGUGCCAUUGGGUCAGAUGUGGUGGCGCUGAUGGACCGCCCCCUCAACCGACCGUUUCCCGGGGCGAGGGCCCCACGGCGACCUGCCACACUGUGCUGCUGACGCCAUUGAACCACCACUUCAUUGCCGGCGUCAAUCUCAGCGAGGAAGGAGUGUCGUCGACAGGUAGGUAGCUGCACAUAGACAGACUGCACAGGGAAUGCAUGCCCGGGUGAAGAAACCCAUUCGAAGGAGGGAGGGGUACACACUAAGUCUCUCUCUCUUGUUGUGUGUGCGCGCCAGGUGCGGUGCGACCCAAGGAGAGAGCGGAGAGCGACAGACAGACAGACAGACAGACAGACAGACAGACAGAUAGACAGACAGACAGACAU